UGAACGCACCAGCCGGAUAUGCGUGGCUCACGUCCUGCGGAAGUAAACAACCUCAGCUGACGUGGAGCUGCAUACUCUCACCAAGCUGCUGAACAAACUGGAUCAACUGGACCUGAACCCGCUGUUUUAGAGGAACACUUGUCGCUCCAGUUUCUUUCUUGUUGUGUUAUGUUAAAUGGGCCCUGUUGGUGUCGUCUGAACUUCCAGGAUUAAUUAAAAUCCCUCGUUAAGAGCCUGAAAAGCAAAAUGGCGGCAUCGGACGAGGCUAGCAGACAGUUCGCCGGGUUGUCAGACGUCUCCAUCUCGGAGGACAUCCCGGUGGAGGGAGACAUCUCCGUGCCCCUCGGCCCCUCCAGCAGGCAGCGGGACGACGAGUUCUCCACGCUCGACGAGCCCGUGAAGGAGACCAUCCUGCGGGACCUGCGUGCGGUGGGGAGCAAGUUCAUCCACGUCCUGUACCCGAAGCGGAGCACCGCGCUGUUGCGGGACUGGGACCUGUGGGGCCCGCUGCUGCUCUGCGUCACACUGGCUCUGUUGCUCCAGGGCGGUGCGGCCGACAGCGACGACCAGGGGGGGCCGCAGUUUGCUGAGGUCUUUGUCAUCGUCUGGUUCGGCUCCAUCAUCAUCACCCUCAACUCCAAGCUGCUGGGCGGCACCAUCUCCUUCUUCCAGAGCCUGUGUGUGUUGGGAUACUGCAUCAUGCCCCUGACGGCGGCCAUGGCCGUGUGCCGGAUCGUGCUGGUCGGCGGCGCGGGGAAGGUCAGCUUCGCCGUGCGGCUCGUGGUGGUGACGCUGUCCUUUGGCUGGUCCACCUUCGCCUCCACGGCCUUCCUCGGUGACAGCCAGCCGCCGGGCCGCAAGGCGCUGGUGGUGUAUCCGGUGUUCCUCUUCUAUUUUGUGAUCGGGUGGAUGAUCCUGACAUUCUCGCCGUCACAGUAGAAGAGCAUGAAAAGGAAGUGUUUGUUGAACUGACAAAGUUGAGGGAGGUUUUUGUGGAGUGAAAGAACUCAAACAAACGCCGUAAUCUGCCUUGGAAGAAGGAUGAACGACUACUGAUGUGACUGUGAAGGUUUCUGGGCAUCUGAUAAUGUAUUCAGACUUAUGGGACAGCAAAAUCAUUUCUUUCAGGCAAAGCAAUUGCUUGCACUCAGAUCCAGAGAAGUCCGGUGAACGCUGUGCUGCCGAUUUCACAUUUAUGAGCUGUGUAAAAAAAAAAAAAAGAAAGUCCAUAGUGGUGUAUGCAGAAAUGCUCUAUGAAUGUUGAACUACCAGGGCUAUGAUAUUCUAAUUUUCCUUUUCUCUCUUGAUGUGUUUCAAAAGAAUCCUGACGGCUCACAUUGUCACACUACAUUCUUUACUUUGACAUUUAGCAGAAGCUUUUAUGCAGCUUGACUAAGACUUUUGACCGUUGAGCAACUGUGCCAACUGUGUACUAACUGUCAUUUUUGGUUCAUUGUCGUAAUUUUCCUGCAAGUUUCUUUUAGUGUUUGGGGAGUAUUUGUAUUUUUGAUUUGAUUAGACAGAUGACAGGAGAGAGAGAGAGAGAGAUUGGGGAUGACAUGCAACAAAGGCCUCAAGCCGGACUCCAUCACGGAACGUCUCGGCUUCCUUAAACCACUCGGUAGGAUAAAUAUGAAGCUGCAGCCAGUUAGCUUAGCUUAGCAUAAAGGUUGGGAACAGAGGGAAACACCUAGCCUGGCUCUGUCCAAAGGUAACAACCUUCCAACACCUCUAAAACUCAAAAUAAUUAACACGUUGUGUCUGGUUAGAGAGGGGUGUCAAUCCUCCCAUCCAGCCCGGGGCAAGAAAGAGGAUUAAGUGUGUUUCUCAAAGGUUUUCUUUUAUGUCUUGAUGUAGUCUAAAACUGAUGCGGACACUGACAUCGGAUGUGCGUGUCGUUCUGUUCGCUGUGUGUCGCAAAGGUGGACGUGUUCACAUAUUUUUGAUGAUGGGUAAAGUCCCUCAUGGACACGGGUAGAUGGUGAAAUUAAUGUCACACUGACCCUCACACCCACAUGGAUGCAGAGACUUUAAUUUGGAUUUAAGAUGUGAAAACAAAAUAGUAAUUCAGUCUGAUUAACAGGAUAGGUAUUACCUCCGCUGAGCUUUUUUUGUUGUGGUCCUACUUAUUGUGACUUCAACAUAAAGUAUUUCAUCAGUCAGCCUUUGUCUGUGCUUAUUAUUUGAGGUCUUCUUGGAUGUAAAAUAAGAGAAUAAAUGUUAAAGAGAUCAGAGCUCCCUGUUGGAAGAGAAGAGUUGUGACCACAGGACAUAUCAUACCACCGUUUCUCUCUCGAGUAAGAGGUGAUUUUAUUUUUUUCCCUCGUUUUGAUUGCCAUCUUUACUUACUUUUUAAGCCCACAGCUGAAUUAUUACACUUGUAAUGUAAAUGUAGACGUAAUGCUCCCUGCUGGGUUAAAACAGCAUUCUGGGAAAUGUAAAAACAAAUGGUUGCAGCAGGUUGAGGAAAAGUGGGUUCCUCAAAAAAAGCAAAUUGUAAUAUUUCAUUAUAGAAAACGUCACAUCACAGACUGAUGAAACGCCAAAUGAUCUGCUUCUCCGGCCUGAUGCGUCCUGUUCACGCUGAUUGUCUGCGAUCAGUCAACUGAUUUUUCCACCUUCUACUAACCUGCCUGAUGACCUUUGACCCCUGCUCUUUCAACAGAUAACACGUUCUUUAUGGGCUCUCAAAUCACCGGGGCUUUCUUUUAAUUUAUAUGUAUUCCUUUACAUCAACAAAUGAAGAAGAUUAAAAUAUAUUUCAUCAGC